ACCAAUCGUCGUGCCGGAACGGAGACAGCGCCUGUCACGGUGCCAGCUGAGCUUCAGGUCAGAGACCGAGCAGCUUUUGGGAGUUUUCAGAUCAGCAAGCGAGGAAAAAGUUUUGACAAGCGGACCUGCAGGCGGCUUCUGUCAGCAGCAGCGGCAGCAGCAACAGCGGCUCAACGAUCAGCCUGUUUGCGGUGGUUCUGCGGGUGAGAGGCUGUACAAUCCUCGGCAGUGUUCUGAGACUGUACGGCCCCGAUACCCCUUCCAGCCUGGACGGUCACACUCAGCCUGGUUUUAUGGACUAAUGACAUAAUCUGUCAGAGGACUCCUUCUGACCUGCGCACUUCGAUGUAAUAGCCACAUUUUUUUUCUUUUUUUUUUGUACUUCUUUUGAAAGUUGGACUUAACUCAGACUGACGGGGAAUUACAACAUUGUGAUUGUGCAAAACUGAAAACAUGACUGCCGAUAAGGAGAAAAAGAGGAGCAGCUCAGAGCGUCGUAAGGAGAAGUCUCGGGAUGCAGCUCGCUGCAGGCGCAGCAAAGAGACGGAGGUUUUCUACGAGCUGGCUCAUCAGCUGCCUUUACCCUACAGUGUCAGCUCUCACCUGGACAAGGCCUCCAUCAUGAGGCUGGCUAUCAGCUUCCUGCGCACACGGAAGCUGCUCACCACAGGCUGCAGCAGCAGCAGCAGCAGCAGCAGCAGCAGCAGCAGCAACAACAGCAGCAACAGCAGUGACGGCGAUGAGGACGAACAGAUGGACAGUCUGUACCUGAAGUCACUGGAGGGCUUCAUCACCGUGGUAACGUCUGACGGUGACAUGAUCUUCCUGUCCGAGAACAUCAACAAAUUCAUGGGGCUCACGCAGGUGGAGCUCACAGGUCACAGCAUCUUCGACUUCACUCAUCCGUGUGACCACGACGAGAUCAGAGAAAACCUCAGCCUGAAAACAGCUGGUAGCGGCUUUGGUAAGAAGGGCAAAGAGCUGAGCACCGAACGAGACUUCUUCAUGAGGAUGAAAUGCACGGUGACUAACAGAGGACGCACCGUCAACCUCAAGUCAGCCAGCUGGAAGGUGCUGCACUGCACCGGACACCUGAAGAUGUACAACAGCUGCCCUCCGCGAGUGCUGUGCGGCUUCAAAGAGCCCCCGCUCACCUGCGCUGUCCUGAUGUGCGAACCCAUCCCACACCCGUCCAACAUCGACACGCCGCUGGACAGCAAGACCUUCCUGAGCAGACACAGCAUGGACAUGAAGUUCACCUACUGCGAUGAGAGGGUAACGGAGUUGAUGGGUUACACUCCGGAGGAUCUGCUGGGUCGUUCGGUCUACGACUUUUACCACGCCUUGGACUCGGACAGCGUCACCAAGAGCCACCACAACUUGUGUACCAAGGGUCAGGCGGUGAGCGGUCAGUAUCGCAUGCUGGCUAAGAACGGAGGCUUCGUCUGGGUAGAAACCCAGGGAACUGUUAUUUAUAACAGCCGCAACUCUCAGCCCCAGUGCAUCGUGUGCAUAAACUAUGUCCUCAGCGACAUCGAAGAGAAGUCGAUGAUUUUGUCCUUGGAGCAGACGGAGUCCCUCUUCAAGCCGCACCACAUGAGCAGCUUCUUCACCGCUGGAGGAGCAGGUGUGACCGGAGACCCGGGAGAGACCCUCUUCACCAAACUCAAAGAGGAACCGGAGGACCUCGCCCAGCUGGCUCCGACACCCGGAGACACAAUCAUCACCCUCGACUUCGGUCGCCCUCAUUUCGAUGAGUCCCAGCAGCCAGCAGGAUACAACCAAGUUUCUGCUGCCACCAUGCCCCCUCCGGGACCUCCGGCCUGGGCCAGCGAAAGCCACAAGCCUGCCCCUCCGGCAUCAGGCCAAACCCCGGCUCCAGUUCCAGGGGACAUGGCAAACAUGGCCGCCACGUUCACCGUACAGCAGAAACCGCCACCGGGCAGCGCCACUCCGAGCCUGAGCAGCUGCUCCACGCCCAGCAGCCCAGGUGAUUACUACAGCUCAGUGGAGAGUGACCUGAAGGUGGAGCUGACUGAGAAGCUGUUCGCUCUGGACACAGAGGGCGACGACAGCCCUGCAGACACUGAGAGGGACUUGAGUGAUUUGGACCUGGACACUUUGGCUCCUUACAUCCCGAUGGACGGAGAGGACUUCCAGCUGAAUCCCAUCAUCACAGAGUCAGAGCCUCUGGAUCUGGGUCCAACGGGAUCCAUGGGGAGCAACAGCAGCCUUCACAAAACACACCAGGCCAACCAGGAGAGCUUCAGUAACAUCGCCAGUCUCUUCCAGCCCCUGUCCUCUCCUCCCCAGCCUCAAGGCCACUACCAGCCCCAGCCAUCUGCAUCCUGGGCUGCAGGAGAGAAGAGAGGCUCCGGCCAGGGAGCCCUGGAAACCAAGGCGGGGUCUUUCAUGAUGGGGCGCAUGCAGAAUCCCCCGUACCAGACCCCGGCCAGAACCCCUCUGUCCUCUAUGGGUGGCAGACAGAAUCUGCAGUGGCCUCCAGACCCUCUGUUAACCUACCAACAACAACCAAGAGCCACCAAGAGCUACCUGAUGGACACUUUCUCAGGAGAGGAGCGUCCCUCCUGCCAACAGAACAUGCCACAUGUCAUGCAGAAACAGAGAUCCAUUGACAAUUUUGUACAAGCGUACAGAGACAUGAGUCCAGCCAGAGUGGCCGUGGGCAACAGCAUCAAGCGCUCCUUCACCCAGAUGUCUGUGGGUGAGAGAGGCUCAGAAAUCAUGUGGAAGAGGAUGAGGGGCGACAGUUGUGCCGUCAUGGAUCGCUCCCUCAGCACAGGAUCACUGACAGAGUCAGGGAUGGGGAGGAUGAUGCCAGGAGGCAGCAUGUCUCUGUGUCUCAGCUCUCUGCAACAACACAGGAAGUCUCAGUAUCCAGGAAACGGGUUAGGUGGUAUGAAUGAGAAAACCUUUCCCCAAAAGAGCUGCAACUACACAGACUAUAGCACGAUGCCUUAUAACCACACCGGGGGUAUAGCUAGUCGUUUGCUGGGCCCUUCAUUCGAGUCCUCCUGUCUGCCGGAGUUGACCCGUUAUGACUGUGAGGUCAACGUGCCGCUGCAGGGUAACCUGCACCUCCUCCAGGGCUGUGACCUGCUGAGAGCCCUGGACCAGGCUUCCUAGAGCCCCAGAUUCAACCUCACCAUAGACCCGGACUAACUCCCAGCCCUCAACCUCCACCUACAAGCCUUGACCUAGGCCUUUAUCUUUACUUUUAUACCUCUGGGCUUUCUGAAAGACCUGAGGCUAAGCUACCUAUAGGGAAUGGUAUUCAUAACCACAUCCUGCCUUAUUUAGCCAACCCCUUUGUAGUUCUGUACCUAAACAAGCCGAGAUAUCAGGGUCAAGCCACUUGUACCCCUUUUUCUCUCCCGAGCUGCAGAGUUACCCUAAAGUAACCCUGUUACCCUCACUAUCAGUUCUGUGCUCAGAACACGUCUUUGGUAUAAAAUGGGUAUUAGUGGCAUGGGAUUCAAACACACAACCUGCCUUAAAGCUCAGCUCUGCCCAAACAUCUACAGCCAUACUCCCGCCUACCCUGCUCUGUUUCCUGCUUUGACUUAGCCUGGUGGGAAUCUAUGGCUGAGCGACAUACUGUAGAGGCACAGGAUUUAAACUCUUAUCCAGAUAUGGACUCUAUGCAGCGCAGUUCUUAUCAGCUAACUCAUGUAGUUCAGAGGUGAGGAUAUUAUACUACCUACACACUAACAGAGACACUGUUCUUUCACUUAGUGUAACUGACCAGCAAUUAGACCCAGCCCUCUCCUCUAAUGCCAGUUCAAACUCCAAGCUUCAAGUCUAGAGUUGGGUAUCGACAACCGGUUCUAUAUGUGGAACAUUUAUACAUAAAAUAGAACCAAGAAACAUGCCCUCUGAUUCUGCUUAUUGAUUCCCAAAGAUCACUUGUCAGUCACUGUGCUUUUUUUAUUUUUGCCAGACUAGAACAAGCACUCAGAAGUGGGGCCAAACGUUUUCUUUUUAUAACCUCUUAUAUAGGUUCCCAACCUUUUUUCGCUUGUGGUUCCUUAAAAUGAAGCAGUGUUAAUGAACCCUGCUCAUUGGUUCUAUCCACAAGGGAUAAAACUAUCUAUUAAUUAUCAGGAGUAAAGCAAAAAAACCCAUAUAAUCAUCUUAGAAACCUUAAAAUUUCACUUAAACACUUAAAAUGAAACAGGACAAGGAUUUGAUAAGAGUUGGAAUCAAUAAGCAGAGUUAUAAUAGGUAAAAUGUGAGUGAUACCCAACGACACAGACAGUUAUAAAUCUGCCUCUUCUUGCCUGGAUCCUCCCACCUGAGUCAUUAUAACUGUUGUGUUUAAAUAACCUGUUAGUGCAGUUUUGUUCAUUCAGGAGGAGUCUGCUUCUUCGCAGAAACUGGUUCACAGUAGCAUUAGAACGGUCUGGGUCAACUUUAAUGACAUAUGCAUUAUAUUGAUAUUAUAAUUAGUCUAUUUUCUGUUGAAUGGAGACAUUUUAGCUUUUAUCAAAUCAUCCCCACGUUAUUUAAUCCAAAUCGAUGGGACACUUUACCAUAUCAAUACCACCUUGUUUCUUCUUCCUCAUUUAUUUUUUUUUAUGUUCUUACUCUACCUACCAGUUUCUUCUAUUUUGUGUCUCACACGGACACACUAGUAAACAUAUAUUGCAAUACAUGUACUCUACUGUAAGCCUGAUAUUGUUAAGUUUUGAUUUUCUUCUCUAUAAAACCUGUCUUUGAUUUUAUCUAUACGUGGUUCUCUCACACUCGCCUCUCAAGUCAAGUGAAUGGCUCGUGUGACUACAGGGUUUUUUUUUUUUUUCUUCUUGUGCUAUUAUUUUGUUGAGCUAAAGCUUAGUAUAGUAAGCAUCAAAAGUAGCUUUAUUUACCAAACUGAUAGCUUGUACAAGGAGUCUGACUUCUACACACACUGUAUGUGUUCAUGUGAUUAAAUACACACUUCAUGCAAUACAGAUAACCUGAAAAAACAGUGGCGUGCACCCAAUUAGAAUUUUUUAGGUUUCAUUGUUGCCCUAAGGUCAAGUUAAAAGGAUCAUACCAGUGUGUUUGCAUGUCUUAGCUCUUUCACUACAGAUGGUGUUUAAUUUACAUUUUGACCAGUUUUAGAUGCUUUUCCCCGAAAUUCCAUGCAUCCACUGCCUUGAAAAUGAAUUAGAAGACUCUCUAAACUUGCUUGAGUUGUGUAAUCAAAGUUGCAUGAUUGAAAACACAGUAUAACUCUGCACAUCAUAAAAUGGUAACACCGGAAAGCAGCUAUACAUGCAAAAGUGGGGUGGCUUAGCUUACCUGUUCUAUAUAUAACAAACAUCCAAUUUGUUUUAGAAAUCUGAAUGUAUUUUUUCUGCAGUAUAAUGGAUCUUACCAAUUUCUGUCUAUUUGGUAGGUUACAAUCAAAUUUCUGACACAUUUUGCAGAAUUGUUAGUUGUAAUGUAAAGUAUGUGAGAUUUGUAGUAACGGGGCUACAACUCGCAGAGCCACUGGUAUGCUAACUGGAGUAUAGAAGGGGGUGAAGUGUUUUUAAGCCAAUCACAGGGACACUAGGGGUGACCAGAAGGGCACUAGGAGGGAUCAGAAGGGCACUCGAGCCAUCCAGAAGGACAACUGGGCCAAUUAGGGUGUCAUUGAGGUGUAUUUGGGCUCAAUAGAGCCAAAUAAAAAAAAGAAAAGAGGUAAUUUGAGCAGUUCAAGUUACCUCAAGUGACCCUUUGGUGUGUGAUAUUAGGGUAAAAAUUAAGCUUUAAAGUGUCCCCUUAAGAAAAAAAGGCCAUUUCAGCUUUUUAGAUCAAGAAGGGCACCUCCUGUGCACACCACUGCAUAAACCAGACUGUAUAAGGUCAGAUGACAGCAGAAACUGACUUACUUAUUCAGACUAUACAUAUGUACAUAGCAGCAGCAGCAGCCUUGUACAGCGCAGUACAGCAUUCUGUAUAGUGACUUCUUUAUGAUUAGGACAAGGCCAGUUUUUUCUUACAAUUCACAAUACAGAGCGGCUGCCACUAUCAGAAAGCUUUGAUACAGAAUAUCAUUAGUUGUAGGGUCAGAAUUUUAAUUUUCAGAAUAGAAAAUGUAAAUUUCACCCAAAUUAUGUCAGUAGUUUAGGUUAAAUGGAAUCACAUUCUCACCUUUUAUUUUUUCUGUUCUCUCCUUUGCUGUACUCUCAAAGUAUUUUUUUCUUAAUCUCACUCUAUUUUUUGAGGUAAUUGUUCUUUGUGUGGUGACCACUUUUGAGUAUGAACUGUAGAGCUUUGUACACAUAUACGUUACGUAUUUAAAGACAGAACUAAUGUUGAAGAUAGUGUUUUUAGUGUUUAUGUGUCCUGGUACUUUUGUCCUUAUCUACCCCUGUAGAUGCAGAUGGAUCAGAUCCCUCGCAGUGCUGUUUCCUCUCGUGCUGUUUCUGUGUUUGUGGCAUUUUUGUUCUUUUUUUUUUUUUUUUUUCUGCAGAGUUUUAUCCUAAAAUAUAUUGAAUCUGUUGGCUGGCCAGUACUGUUUUUGUUCUCGCUUUAAGAAGAAAAAAACAAAAACAACAAAAAAAUUUUUAAAAAAUUAACAAGAAAAAAAGUUCAGAUGAAAGAUGAAUAUCAGUUUUCUAAGUUUCACUUUUCAGAUAUGUAGCAUUUUGAACAUUGUAAAAGGAGGUGAAGUUGCCAUAUAAUUAAUCACAUUGUUUUCCAGUUGCAUAUAUAAAGCAAUGGUGCUUCAUAGACCAUGUAUUUGUCAUUUUAAGAACUUUUAUUACAUCUCUUGGAUCCACUAACACUGUAUUUUGAUGUUAUCUGUUUUAUGUUAUGCUGAGAUUUUCUUUAAAGUUUAUUUUAAUCCAUAUAAUGUGCCUUAUCAUGACGUAAUGGGUGUCUCAACACAUACGAAGUUCGCCCUUCAAGUGCACAGUUUGUUCCCUGCAACCUGUAGAUGACUUCCUUCAAUUGUAGGGGCUUUUAGUGAAUUCAGUCCUAACGUGACAUUUUAAAAACUGUCUCUUAAUGAUGUUUUUAGUUAAACAGACAGAGACAGAAAUUAAUGUGAAAACACAAAAGCUUUGCCAAUGUAGCAAUUCUAGUUGGUUUUUUUUUGCAGUAAUUGGAAAAUACCCCCCCAAAAAAAUAGAGAUACAAUGUCACAGUUGGGAUAAUAUUUACCAUAAGUCCUCAGCUCCUUCAUAGCCUCCUCUGAUACAUUCAUUUAGAUCCCAAUAGAACUGCAGUUUAGUGAAGGAAUAUGCAGUAAAAAAGCCUGUUAGAUUCAAGUAGAUUCCCAUUAGAGCCCAUUUUAGAAACCCCCCCACCCCCCUGGUGAUGACGAGUCAAAAUUUUGCAAGGUUUUUUUUAAGGCUUUUAAAAAGGAAACGGAUUCUCCAGCUCAUCCAACAACCUGACAGUUUGUUUGUUGAUGAAGCUGCUUGGUUUGUGGGUUUUUACGUUUAGUUGGAAAAAAAAAAAAAAAAGAUUUGACUGGACUGAAGAAGUGCUCCUGGGGAGGGAAUUCACGUGUCAGAGUGAACAGUAGUGUCCGACACAAGGCAUUUACCGUCACUCUGCAAGUGAAACAGAAUUUGCCUGUUGUGAGUAACAUUGCGUCGACGGCUCUGCAGUUUAAUUUAAACAAAGCGCAGAUAACUUCCUUUAAUUGUUUGAUUUGACCACUGAAAGCUAUUCAAUUUGUUGAAACCCAGAGUGAAAAUCCAUUCUAAAAAGUUAAUUACACUUUAAACACUAGCAUAAUUGCUGAAGUACAGGAACGUCACAGCUUUACUAUGUAGUCGAUUAGAGCAACUAACACGAUUAUUUAGAUGCUUAGAAAAGGUUUUAAACAAUUCUGUUGUUGCAUUAAAUUGUCUGAACACACAGAUAAUCGAAAUCUAAAAUCUAUGAAGAAGAAAUCCGGGUUGUAAAAAAAACAAUUUUGAACAAAUUUUGCAAUAUAAUUAUGCCUCAUGGUGCUUAAUAGGAUUGGAGAUGAACGUUAUCCUGAGAGGGGUUGAGAGCGGAGAAACAGUCCGAUUUGAUUUGAAAAGAGAAAAGUGAUGUCGAGUUGAGUGACACGUGAAGAGAGAUACAUCCUGCUCAGCCUGCCCACUGAUGCAUAUCUCUCUCUACUCCUCCUCCUCCACAGAUCACUCGUCUGUUCCUCCUCUCACUCCCCCCCUCCCUCUUCCUUCACUUUCCUUUACAAAGAUUGAAAACCCGGGUAUUUUUUUUUAAUUCUCUCCCGAUAUGUCAGCAAUCACUUACUCAGAUAGGAAGUUCCUCAUUGUUCAAAAGAAAAAAAAGCCUUCAGAUGGAGUUAUCUCUGUUAGAUUAAGUGUAGUAAGAAAAAACCUUAUUUAUCCUGUACUCUGAUCAAUCACAGAAACCAAAAAAUUGUUUACAUUGGGUUUCCAGAGAAGCACUUUACAGAAUGUAAAUUAUUUUCAUGACAUAUUUAUGAUGUAAAAUAGAAAAAAAAUCCCUGAAAAAUCUAGAACUAAACUUAUUUUCAGAGACAAAAAAAAAGGCUUUUAAAAAUUACAUUAAAUGUCCUGAAACAUGCACACGGAAGAAGAAGAAAAGGAUUUCAGAUGGACUUUUUAGAUUUGAGCUAUUGUAAAUUGUGUUAAUGUACGUGGAAAGAGUUGGCUGGAUGGAAGUCGAUUUAAAAAAUAAAAAUCUAGGAGGAGGAGCCCUGCCGCUUGUCUUUAAGCUAGCAAAUGUUCCACUAGCCUCGGCUGUACAAUAGUUUAAAAUAAGAUUUUAACACUUUCACUGGUGUUGGUAAAAAAAAAACCCAAUAAGUUUGUUAGCGUUCAAGAACUACAGCUCAGAUAAUCUAAUUGUUUUUUGAAUAUCAACAUUGUUUUAUCUUUGCUAAAAUUAAGAAAAUAAGAAAAGAACGUUUUCUAUCCUGUGUUAUGGACAGAAAACCACAAGAUGAGUUAUCAGUUCUUCAAAAAAGACAGAAUAAAACACAACAAUUUCUGAGAAAAAAAAUCUAUGCGAAGCUAGUGGAACAGAUGCUACCCCCCCCCGGCAGGGCUUCAACUCUCCAUUUGAACCCUAGAAGGCUGAUCACCAGUCCUAGAGCUUAACAUACUGUGCUGCUUGAAGGGUUUCCCCCCAAAAAAACGAAAGCGACAAAAAAAAAAAAAAAAAGUUUCAGGAGUUAAUCCACUCAUUCAUUGCACUUCCUCUUUUAAAGAGAGUAUCAGCUUUUUGUCUCGUGUCUUGACAGGGUUUAUGUUUUUUUUUUCCUUAUGGGAUCCAUGUUCAGCUACUUGUACUCUGUUUUUUUUUUUGUCAAUGUCAUAACGUACAGUUAUAUUAGCUGAUUACGCAUUUUAUAUGCUAAAAAUUCAUAAUGAUCUUAUUAUUAUCAUAUUGUUAUCAUUGUUAUUACUAUAUGGGGAAUUUAACCCGAUAAGAAGUUUGUGUUUCUGCACUGAUAUCUUAUUAUUAAAGCAUACUGAUCUUACCCUCCC